AAACCAGGAAGUCACGAACUCCGGGCCACGUAGCACUUUUUAAAAAAUAUUUUAAAAAACCUAACAAAACGUAUUUAGUCCGCUUUUUACCCGUCAUUCCAAUGAAAGUAAGAUAAAACCCAGGUCCGGUAGGCGACGAGGCUUCACACUUGAGCGUCGGACACUUUGGAAAAGGAAAGAGAAACCAAACCGGGCGCCAUCGUCCAUCUUGAAAGUUUGCGAAGCCCCAAAGUACGGCGUCGAAUUGGAGAGGAGUUGCACAAUAUUUCGCCUACGGACUUGACGCGCCCAAGUCUGCUCUUGUUCUCACUUCCCUUCCAACAAAAAAGCCCAUGGUCUCGGAUUCUGGACUGAUCGGUCCAAGGUCCAUGAGGCGGCGGCCCAGGGAAGAGCGGUGCAGCUGCAGCAGCUGAUUGAAAGCGGUGCGGCUGUGAACAUGGUGGCCGUCGACUCCAUCACGCCUUUACACGAAGCGUGCAUACAGGGACACAGCCAGUGCGUCAAAUUGCUGCUGGGCGCCGGCGCUCAGGUGGAUGCUCGUAACAUAGACGGAAGCACGCCUCUGUGCGACGCCUGUGCUGCUGGCAGUCUGGAGUGUGUCAAGCUGCUGCUGGAGUACGGAGCCACGGUCAAUCCUCCGUUGUUUACCUUCUCGCCGCUUCAUGAGGCGUGCAUGGGAGGCAAUUCUGAUUGUGUCCAGCUGAUGAUCGACCGAGGAGCCUUCCUUGAGGCACACGACUGCCACUAUGGUACGCCGCUCCAUGUCGCUUGCGCCAGGCAACAUUACGACUGCGCCAAAGUUCUCCUCAAUGCAGGUGCAAACGUGAACGCCGCCAAGCUGCACGAGACGGCCCUCCAUCACGCGGCCAAGGCGAGGAACGUCCGCUUGAUCGAGCUGCUCGUUGAGUUCGGUGCCAACUUGAACGCCAGAGACAACCUGGACAAGAAGCCGGUCCAGUACGCUGGUUUAGGAUCACCUUCCUCCCUAUGCUUUCAGUUCUACCAGGACACACCCCUCAGUCUCCAGCAGAUCAGCCGGGUGGUUUUGAGGAGGAUCUUAGGCGUACGGGCGCUGGGUGUUUUCUCGAAGUUGGGUCUGCCCAAUCGCAUCGCAGGUUUUCUCUCGUACACGCCGCCUCCCGUUGUCAAAAUCUGAUGGAGCCAUGGAGAACAUUUUGACUGAUAAAAGCUGUGAAUUGGUCCUAGACAGGGGUCUCCGACUUUUUACCUUCUGGGAGUGACCAUUACAAACUGUAAAUGGCCCAGAGCCAAUCAUUUUUCUGGCAUUUAUUUUCAUAGCUUAAUUCAACCCAAGACUGAAUGCAUCUUUUUGUGGUGUGUCGUACGCUAUUGUGGCAACUAUAAGCCAGCUGCCAUCCAACCUUGGAGAUGCCGUGUUGCCAACUUGGCAACUUUCUUGCUAAAUCUGGUGACUUUCCAACUCCCCUUCACUACUUUUGUUUUGUCAAAAAAAAAGACGAGCUGCAAAUUUAGCGACUUUUUCAGAUGCAGGCAUGUGAUUUGAACUUAAUGAAAAAGACUGAAAAUAAACCGGGGGUUUAGGGGCCGCUUCCUUGCUCCCUCUAACAGGCAUGUGAUUUGAACUUGAUGAAAAACACUGAAAAUAAGCCCCAAAGCUCCUGGUUUUUCAGCAAUUGAAUAUGCAAAAAAUUGCCAAUAAAAAAGCACCAUUUAAAGAUGUUUUAGUGU